UGAGGAUAGAAAUGAUGAUAUCCCAAAAACUACCCAUUAACACUGACAAUUUCAUCUGAUUUAUAUAAUGGGUAAUUUAGUAAUUUCAUAUGAAUCCCUUCUAUAUCCAUUCAAGAACUUCUUCCGAGCGAAAAAAAUUUACUAGUACACACAGAAAUGGGGAGGCAAUUUCUAUGCAUAAUGUUCACGCUUAGUCUAGUGAUUGUUGGCAGUAUGGCAAUUGGUGAGACUGCUUCUAAUGUGAAAGCUACAUACCAUUUCUAUAAUCCUGACCAGAAUGGAUGGAACUUGACUGCUGUUAGCGCUUACUGUUUCACCUGGGAUGCUAAUAAGCCCUUGGCAUGGCGGAGCAAGUAUGGCUGGACCGCCUUCUGUGGCCCGGUCGGGCCUCGUGGCCAGGCAGCCUGCGGCGAGUGUUUGCUGGUUACAAACACAGGUACCGGGGCUGAAGAAACGGUCAGGAUUGUGGAUCAAUGCAGCAACGGAGGGCUAGAUUUGGAUGCCGGUGUGUUCCAAAAACUAGACACAGAUGGAAGGGGCAAUGCCCAGGGCCAUCUUAUGGUGAACUACACGUUCGUGAAUUGCGGGACUGAAUUAAGCAAGACCCAAUUACUCUACUUAGAUUGCACAUUAGAUAAAUAAAUAAGAGCUUGUGAAAAAAUAAAUUCCAGGAACAGAAAUGAUUAAUCGUUCGAACUCGGAAGACCAAAGGACCAGUCACCUACCUUCAACAAAUCUUUGGGUAGUGGGUUCCAUUAAUAUAUUUUCAAAGUUACUAUUACCGUACCAUAUAAAUAUCAUAAUCAAAUAUUGCAGCCAGCCACAUGAGUUGCUAUUGCUAGUUAUUCCGGACCUUCCGGUUGCCCUAAAAGGGUAUGUGAGCAGACGCUCUUACUCCGACCAUUGCUUCAGAAUUAUGUGCCCCAGUCGUUAUGUAUCUUGGAAAGGACUAUGCCAUCUAUGAAGAUUGAAUUAAACUAA